CCUAAGGACCUUGUGGCUCCCUUCUCUAUGGCUGCACAUGAUCACAGGGCGCUCCAGGGCACAGGCAGCUUUAUCCUGUCUCCAUCAACAGACUGCAAUCUCUACAUCAAGGAGAGAAAUAUCACCUGACAAAAGAUGGCUGAGCACAUCGUGGUGAUCCAAACCAGCCAUACAACAGCCAGGACAGGUGUGUGUACCAAACAGAAAGGAUUUAGGAACAAGUGGACUGCUUUCCACCACUGCCUUCUCAGGUCUCAAAGGGUGCAGUGCAGAGAGAAGCAAAAGUAAUCUGUCCUGAGGAAGGGAAAACAAUGGUCCCAAGCAUUGUAUCACUGAGUAGCCAAGUUGGGAAUCCCUCCUGAAUCAGUCCUGCCUCUGGACAAAGCUGCUCCUUCCUUGUGUGUACAGCAGAUGCCCACACCAAAGCAAUUACCAUAUGGGAGAUGCUGACUGGCUGGAAGAACCUGUUCAUUCUGGGUCUGUAAUGGAGUCUGUGAGGAGCUCAGCUUCCUGGUAUGGAAGAAGGAGAACUUCCUUGUCAACAACUGAGAAGAUUCUGAAGAACUCAAAGAAGCAGCUUAAUUCUGAAGAGAGAAGACCUUUUCAACUAAAACCCUGGGAUGUCACUGAAGGAAAUGUAAAAGCCAAACAUUUGGACAAUUUGGAAACAGAUUUGAAGGGUUUUUUCCAAGUUGAAAUAACUGUCUGAACUACCCUUGCCUGCAAAACAUUAAAUGGGCAUUUUCCCACCAGCCCCUUCCCAAGCCCAUUGCACAGGGAGUUUCCCAGCUGGCCUGUGUUAGACAGUGGAUGGAUGCAGAGAUGGGGCAAAUGAGGUGGAGCCUCAUUGGCAGGAGCAGCCUGAACCACUGUGAGACUUCACUGGACUCGUGAUUUUAAUUCUCCCAGGGCACGAGCGCUGUUUGGCUCCAGGAUUUCAUCCUCCUCCUCAGCCACCACCACCAUGGUCCCUCAGGAGUCGCUUCAAAGGCAUGUGGGUCCCAUGGGGCAUUGAAGAUACAGCUGACCUUCUAUUACAGCCUUCAAAAGCAUCUAGGAUGAUUAGGAGUCUACCUCCUGAUGGGACCUUUAACCACAUGGAAGGCAAUUCCUGCCGCUGUCAUUCAGCUGUGAGCCCUGAGUCAUGGUGCAGAUGGGGCCACUGUGCUGACCAGAAGCACUGUGAGCACCACAAGCUGACAGAGAUGACCAGGAGGAGCAGGAGCUGAAGAACAGCCUGGCCAGGACUCAGCUCUACAAACCAGAAUCGAGCUGGCUUUGGCCAUGGGCGGAUGGAAACCGCUGAAAAACAACUUCUACACAAACACUGUGAAAGGCAGCAACUGACUGGUGGGGAGGACUUUCCAAAGCCAUGGAAGGAAGUUACCUCCUAAAGCCUCGGUAAGAGCCAAGCACUCUAACUCAGCGAUCCUUUGAAAGCCUCCUCCCAGUCCAGCCUCAGCGAGGAACCCUUCCCUGACAUCAUCCAUAAACAGACACCUCCAGAGACCCUGAAUGAGGAGGAGAUGGCUGUGCUCUGGACAAGGCUCCACGGAGAAAUGUCUGAUAUCUUACUGCAAGGAUACAGGAAAGAGCUGUUCAAGUCCUCGGAGCAACAGCAGCAGCAGCAGCCUCGCCCCCACACCGGGAGCAAGCCUCGGAAGCAGUUGCAGCGGGAAAAAGCCCUCCAGCAGCAAUGCCAGAGGCUGGGACUGCAGGGUGGGGCAGCCCCUGUCACUCCGGAGCAGUUGCUCUCUGCACCAAAGCACAAACCCUUUCACCCUCAGCAGCCCGUGCCAACACCUCGUCCUCCUCCUGCUGGAGAUCAAAGGCAAAGUGACAGCCAGGAUCAGCAGGAGGAGGUGACACCUUGCAAUGGCAGGGACAGUGCCCAGCCCCACCCUGCACAGCCCAGCACCCAAGUGGAGAGGAAGAAAGUGGAAUUGCAGGAGAAAUCCCGAUGGGAAAUCCUCCAGCAAGAGCAGCGGCUGAUAGAGGAGAAGAAUAAGCGCAAGAAGGCUCUGCUGGCCAGAGCUAUUGCUGAGAGAUCCAAAAGAACUCAAGCUGAAGCAGUGAAACUAAAAAGGAUUCAGAAGGAGCUGCAAGCUCUGGAUGACAUGGUGUCUGCUGACAUUGGCAUCCUGAGGAACCGCAUUGAUCAGGCCAGCCUGGAAUACUCCUAUGCCCGGAAGCGGUACGAAAAGGCGGAGUCGGAGUACGUGGCAGCCAAGCUGGACCUCCAGCACAAGACGGAGCUUAAGGAGCACCUCACGGAGCACCUGUGCACCAUCAUCCAGCAGAACGAGCUCCGCAAGGCCAGGAAGCUGGAGGAGUUAAUGCAGCAGCUGGAUGUGGAGGCAGAUGAGGAAAAUCUGGAACUCGAGAUCGAGGUGGAGCGGAUGCUGCAGCAGCAGGAGGCAGAAGCAGGGAGACAAGGCAGCCAGUCACACAGUCACGCUGCGACAGCCAAGGAGAACCCCACUCCCAGUGGUACAGGGCGGGAGGGCGAGCGUGCCAACCAUGCUGCUGCUUCUCCUGCUGUUUCUGAACAGUCUCAAAACUCCGGGACCAAAUCCCUCCCCAGUAUGGACAGACAAACUCAAGCAGUAGAUGUGACUUCGGAAAGCUCCCCAGCUUGUUCUGCUACAUGACUGCUGGAUGGAGAUGAGCCAGUGGUUAUGGAUGAUGUACUCUCUGCAGGCUUGUAGGUUAUAUCUGGGCUUUGGCAGUACCAGUCACAUGCACUUCAUUUCCCUUUUCCUUUAAUAUUGUUUUCAAAUUUCAAAGGUGCUUUUUUUUUCACAAGACUCUCAUUUGGGGUUCACCGUCUGUCAUCAUCUUUCCUGGUUUGUGUUCAUGUUCUAAUGCCCAGCUCUUCACGGGCUUUUAUACCUUCCUGAAACAGGACAUUUGCAUGUGUGAACAGUAGGGUUUUUCCAAAGAUUUUCAGCCUGUUGGUGUCACAGAUACCUGUUCUGAGCAGGGUGCAAGAGAUAGAUAUCUACAGAAGAAAACACCCCUUGAUAUGCUUCAGAAUGCAUUCUGUCCCCUAACAUCUGCAAUAGGAUGUUUUUCUUCCUUUGUAUCCAUAAGGGAUUAGUUUUCAACGGUUUCUAAUGCUGUGAAACCCAAGUGCUUACUUUAAUUGCCUUUGUAGAUGAUACUCUUUCCUCAUGGAAAGGAAAUUUGCAUACUGAGGCAAAUUGCAAAGUCAGUUGUAAUACCUCAUAUUUAUCACUUUGCCUAUUCUUUCAGAUAAUGUUGAAUCAUUACCAAGCUGUACAUGGAUAGAUCUGUUAUCUAUGAAAUCACAUCAGCUAUGCUUUAACAAAAAUGAUGGGUACAGCUUAAGACCCUACAGAAUGUAGAAGUAGAAACACACAAAAGAGAGUGUGUUACAUUUAAAGCUUCCACUGCAAACAUUUUCUCUGUUGUAGUUGCCUCGAAGUGCCAAUAAUUAGCCAGGGAUCUUAUAGUAAAUAAUCUCCACUGUAUAUUGGAAAUGAGCCUAUUUUUGUAUGACAUUCAAUGCAUUUUCUUGCCUGAAAAGCAGGUCUGUACCCCACAAGAAGUUCAGCUGGUUCACUCUGUUGCUGUUGAAAGGCUUUAAAGAGCUAUUCCAGGUGGAGAAAGUCUCAGGAAUUAGAAGAGGACGUAGGAAAAUCUCCCAUAGACUGAUUGCAGCUGCAAACCGUGGGGAGUUGAGCUCACAGUUAUCCGCUUUGUAACAUGGAAGUGUGGGAAUGGUUCCUGGAAUACCUGACCUGAACGUGUCGGUCAGAGUUUAUGAAUGAGUUGCUGAAUGACGCCACCGAGUAUAUAAAUGGGACACUGAUUGUCUCUAUGGCUUUAACAGUGGAAAAACAUGUCACUACAUUUCAUUUUUAUUCUAUUAAUAAAUCAGUGCAUCUUGUA